AUGCAUCUGCCGGAAGGCUUUUACCACGUCGGCGAUGGCCGGGUUGGUCUGAGCGAUGACCACCUGGGGCGGGUGAAGACGUCCAGGGCCAUCGCGGACGUGUACGAGAUCGAGGAAUCGUGGAUCGCCAAGGGAAUGUAUGGUAUUGUGCGGAGCGCUAUAUCUAAACAAUCCGGUCAAUGCUACGCUGCCAAAUUUCUACGACGACGCCGCCGUGGCCAGUGUUGUCUAAACGAGAUCAAUCAUGAGAUAGCGGUGCUGUUGUUGUGUGCCGAUUCGGAUCAUGUCGUUAAACUACAGGCUGUUCAUGAGACUCGAUCAGAUAUCGCUCUCAUCCUGGAGCUCGCGACCGGAGGCGAGCUACAAGCCCUUAUCGAUGAGCAGGGUCAACUGUCAGAGCAGAAGACACGUGUUUGCAUGCGUGAAAUCUUGCGCGCUCUUCAACAUAUGCAUAACAAAUCCAUCGCACACUUGGACCUGAAACCUCAGAAUAUUCUGCUGGCAGGGAAAGAUGUCGAGGACGGGCUAAAAUUGUGUGAUUUCGGUAUUGCACGCUUCAUUGGCGAGAACAAUAAAAUUUACGAAAUAAUCGGCACACCUGAUUAUGUCGCACCUGAAGUGCUGCACUAUGACCCACUAUCCCUACAAACGGAUAUCUGGUCGAUCGGCGUGGUAGCCUACGUCUUGCUGACCGGUAUGUCGCCGUUUGGGGGAGAUAGCAGACAGGAGACAUUCUUGAAUGUCACCAAAUGUUCACUCACCUUCCCAGAUGAUUUAUUCACUGGAAUAUCGAGCGAUGCAAUUGACUUCAUCAAGAGUACGCUACGAAUAAAGCCAAAGGAGCGCUUAACCGUGGAAGAAUGUCUCGAGCAUCGCUGGCUGAAGGAAGAAACCAUUUGUGUGCAGGAAGAGGAUCUUGCUGCUCGAGUCAUAGCAGCUUGCACAUCGACAGAUUUUGACAAAUGGCAGGAAGCAGAUGGCGACGAAAUGCCUACUCCAGAGAGCCGCAGCAGCUGUGCAGUGUCUCCGGUAUUAAUCCAUAGUAAUCAGAGUAAUGGCGAGAGUCGCUACAGCUGUCCUGUCGUAGCUACAGUCGAUGAGGAAGAUCUGUGCAAAGCAAGCGAACGGCUAACAGCUCAAACAACUGAUGGCCAUGACACAAAAUCUGUGCUGGGAAGUCCACGACUUGUUUCCGACUCUGCUGACGACAACAAGGAAAAUGUAUUGGUAGUCGGUGUGGUUACGCGUUCCUUAUUUCCGGACGCACCCACCACACCCAAGGUCAGCAGGAAGACGUUACCUACAGAACCGCUAAACGACGGGCAUCAUCAUCACCUUCACCAUAUACACCAUCAUCAUGUACUACAUCAUCAUCACCAUCAGCAUAGUUCAAACCAAACGACAACGGUUUCCUCGUCAAUCUUGCACCAGCAACCGCCGUCUAAUUUUGCCCAAUCGGGUUCUGGUAGUAACACGGUUACGUCUACUAGCAAUACUAAUGACAGUACUACUACCACGUUGCACGUUUCGCUCGUAUGCCCAGGCUCGUCGUCUGGCAAGAAAAAUUUUGUACAACUAUUUCAGUCGCAACAGCAGCAAAAAUCUGGUGCUGAGAUACUAAUGGCACCUGCGAUUGCAACACCUUCGUCUAAUGGAAAUGGUGAAGGUGAUAGCAACUGCGCCACCAGUUCCCUUGUAUUGAUUUCAACUUCUUCUGCUGCACCUCAUGUUUCGGAAACAAAUGAUACCAUCGAAAACGGUGUUAGCACUGCAACAAUUAGUGCAAGUUCCGCUGCGACAAUAACCGAAAUGCCAACUUCAUCCUCCACAUCUAGCAGCUGUCGGACGACCACUCUAUGUGGUCUGAAAUGCACUGAGUCGUCUAUUCCUGGUGUCGUUAGUCGUCGCAUGUCUUCGCCAGGUCACAAGUCGCUGCAGCAAUGUGAUAAGGACGCUAUAAUUUGCUGA